AUGUUUUUGGGCAUGCAAAUUGAACGCGAAGGCGAGUUGGGCAGUAUAACGAUGAACCAGACGUUAUAUAUCAAGGAUAUGCUGCAGCGACAUGGACUGGAGCAGUGCAGGCAGACAGCGACAACCUUAGACCCAGGAUUUCAGGUGGUAUGCAUCAACGAACAUUGCGUUGCUCAGAAUCCAACUGCAUAUCAGUCUGCUAUAGGAGAAUUAAUGUGGCUAGCAUUAACCUCAAGGCCAGAUUUUUACCAUGCUGUCGUGAAGCUGGCACAACGAAAUAAGGAUGCUCAUGAUAAACAUGUUUUGGGCGUCAAGCAAGUAAUGCGGCACUUGGCAGGAACGGCCACCAACAAGUUGAGCUAUUGCGCAGGAGAUUCGGCUUUAGUGGGCUACGUUGAUGCCGACUGGGCCGGUGACCUACGAUCGUAUACAGGAUAUGUUUUCCUUUUAUCAGGAGGACCCAAUUCUUGGAAGUCGGAAAAGCAGACAUUCUCCUCAAUAGCACGGAGGCAAAGCUGA